AGUCGCUUGACGCGGAAGUGAGAUAACGUUACGAUCUGUCGAACGCGCGCUGAUAGCUAACAAUUACAAACAAAAACAAAAUGGUUAAAUGUUUUAAAUGUACAAAAGCGGUUACUAAGAAAAGCCCGGGCAUACAAUGUAGUAAGUGCAACAAGUGGAUACAUUGUGAAUGUGCAAAUAUUUCCGCAGAUCAGCUAAGUGCAUUGGUUGCGACGGACUCCAUUGAUUGGAAAUGUCGAAUUUGCACGGGGAAUGUGAAACCAAAACGGCUUUCAUGCAUUCUACCCGAAGCAGAGGAGGAGGACAACACCGAUAGUGAGUCAAUACCAACUGCUGCGCAAGACAAAUUCACACAGAAAAUGCUUAGCGACAUACGACGAGAAGUUCGAGAAAUCGUUAGAACGGAAUUGCAGGUUACCCUACAAUAUUACUCCGAUAAGAUCGACGAAUACGAAGAAAAAAUAUCCAGAUACGAAUCGAACCUUAAAACCGUUGAGAACCAGUGUAAAGACAUGAAAAACACCUAUCUAAAUCUUAAACUGAAGAACGACGUGCUAGAACAGAAGAUAAACGCAAUGGAACAACGUCAGAUGUCAAAUCUUAUUGAAAUUUGCGGCGUAAGUGAAUCAGAAAACGAAAACCUACAAGAUAUAACCUCCAAGAUAUGCGCUAAGCUCCAACUGAGCUCUGCUGACGCAUCAAAAGCAUACAGAAAGAAGAAGAUGCGACCUAACGUGGCCGUACAAGGACCCCCAUCGCCGAUAGUGGUGUCUCUGCGCGAAGGAUGCCGCGACCAGUGGCUAUCGAGCUCCAGGAACACAUCCAUCACCGGCAGGGACCUGGGACGCGAGGACAGUACCCGCAUCUACAUACGUGAGUCACUUACACCUACUACAGCUUUCUUACUGUGGAAGUCUAAGAAGGACCUAAAAGAGACAGGCCUUUGUAAGUUUGUUUGGCUAAAGAAUGGAGUAGUCUUGGCAAAAAAAACCGAGAAUGAUAAAGCACACGUCAUCAGAUCAGAGAGCGACAUGGAGAGAAUGAAAGAGGUUUUCUCUAAGUGAUUGCUAUCUAUUUCUUAACUAGGUAUCUAAAUGUACAAUGAGAUGCCAACAUUUCAUAACUAAAAAUGGAUGACAUACCCACAUCCAUAAAGGAAUUUAAUUAUAACUGUUGGAAUGAUUUUAUACCAAAAUCAGACAAUUCAAACUUACUUAAUACACUGAGCGUGAACAUACGAUCCCUUAUAAAAAACUUUGCGCAACUGGAGCUAAUUGUAUCAAGUAGUAAAAGUACGAUACAUAUCAUCGUGAUCACAGAGGCGAAUAUCACCGAGGUAUGCAAACCUUUAUUUGAGCUGCCGGGCUACGAGAUGCACGCCAAUCUUCGCCGAGCGAGACAAGGAGGAGGUGUUAUUGUGUAUAUCCAUAAAAGUGUAACCUUUACAAAACGUAAAUCGUGUUCACGUAGUUUUGAGUGCAUAACUGGUGAAGUGUCAACCAAGUGUAACUACAAAAUUAACUUGUGUGCGGUAUAUAGACCUCCAGACUUAAGUAAGGCUAUCUUUAUUAAGGAAUUAGGUCAUUUGAUAUCAACGUGUCCUAAAAAUCUAAACUAUGUAAUGUUAGGUGAUAUAAACAUAGACCUAAAAAAGUCAAAUACAUUUGUAACACAAUAUUUAGAUUGCUUGUAUGGGGAGGGUCUAGAGUGUGGUAUAACUCAGUAUACACGGGUGGAGAAGAAACAAAACAUAAUUACAAAGUCAUGUAUCGAUCAUAUUUUUGUUAGAAAUGUCAAUAACAAUACUGUUCGCACCUGUGUAAUCAAUAAUGCCCUAGCCGACCAUUAUAUAACAGGUUUCACAAUCGUAGAUAAUAUGCCCAAGACCCCAUGUAACAAUUAUAAAUUUAUAACCAAGCUAGACAGCUCUAAAAUUGAAACCGAAUUAACAAAAGUAGAUUGGAAUAUUCCUCUAAUGUAUGAAAACCCAAAUGAUAUUGUGAACUAUAUUAUAAAAAAAUUUGAUGAAGUUUAUGAAAACAGUAAAAUCUCUGUAAAAAUAAAAUUAGGUAAAAGAUAUGAAGCUCCCUGGCUAAGUGACAGAAUCACCUAUAUGUGUAAGAAAAGGGAUGAACUCUUAUCAAUAUGGAAAAAAGAUGAAACUAAUCUUAGCAAUAGAAUUUUGUAUAAUUUAUAUAGAAAUAAAACUAACAAACAUAUUAAUAAUGUAAAAAAUAAUUAUUAUAAAAAAGAAAUAUGUAAAAACUUUAAUAACAGCAA